UGACUUCUUAAAUAUGACCUUUUAUUGAUGCUAGCGGUUAUAAUUUGGACAUUUCUCACAGGCUGUUAGUCCACAUCAUGGCUUUUUCCCUGAGAAACGAUCCCCGCAGGCCAGACAGCCCGGACUCGGAGUCUGCGGCCCUUUCGACCUGCAGCAACGCGGACAUCUUUCGCAGGAUGAACACCUUGCUGGGUAACGCUCUGGAUUUCAGCGGUGUGUGCACCACACCUAACAACACCAGGGGAAAGCCAGACCUGCUGUGUGAGUCGGAGCUGGCUGCGGUGGGCAGCAGGAGGAUGCUCUUCCCAAACUGUGGUGGAAUUCCCGGCUCCCAGGACACGCCGACGUCCCGGGGCCCUCCGGGUGUCGCAGACCUGGGCCUGGGCCUCCAGUCCCUCCGGCUGUCUGGCUGGGACAGACCCUGGAGCAGCCAGGAUACGGACGCACACAGUUCCCCCUCCCCGGUUCAGACCAGCUCACCCUCCAUGCUGGGUAUGCUGAACAGCCCCUUCAGCAGCCUCCUUGGGAAGCCCCCAGGCUACCUGCCCCCAGAGUCCAUGAGCAUGGCUGCUGACUUCCUGGAGAAGUUUCCCAGCAUGGCUCGCAUAGCAAACCGUCUGGACUCCAGCUCCUUUUUAGACUCUCGCUCCAACAGUCCUGAAGACUCUGAGACCAGCGGCUUCAGCUCUGGCUCAGACCACCUCUCUGAAAUGCUGUCGACUCUGCGGAUUUCCCCUCCUCUGCCUUAUAUGACAUCAAGCAUGCAGAAGGACCUGCUGCGGCUGGGCGGGCGUCUGGACCCCCAGGACUCCGGCUCCCCUCUGACUCCACCGCCCAGCGUCAGCCCCGCCUCCGGCAUUUCCCGCCGCUGGCGUAGCAGCUCUCCCUGGCCUGGUACAGACAUGCUGGACCACCAGCCUGAUGAUACGUUCAGCAUUGAGAGGGAGGCCCGCCUGCACAGACAAGCUGCAGCUGUGAAUGAGGCCACGUUCACCUGGAGCGGCCAGCUGCCUCCCAGGAACAACAAGGAUCCUCUGUACUCCUGCAAGGUCUUCCUUGGUGGUGUGCCGUGGGACAUCACAGAAGCCGGCCUGAUCAACACCUUCAGCGGUUACGGCCCUCUGAGUGUGGAGUGGCCUGGUAAGGAUGGAAAGCACCCUCGCUGUCCUCCCAAAGGUAAUGUUGCUAAAGGGUAUGUUUACUUGGUGUUUGAGAACGAGAAGUCUGUGCGGGCGCUGCUCCACGCCUGCUCCCAGGACCCCUUCCACCCCGAGGACAGCAGGGAGUACUACUUCAAGAUGUCCAGCCGCAGGAUGAGGUGCAAGGAUGUGCAGGUGAUCCCCUGGGUGAUCUCUGACAGUAACUACGUGCGCUGCCCCGCCCAGCGUCUGGACCCCAGUAAGACGGUGUUUGUUGGGGCGCUGCACGGCAUGCUGAACGCUGAGGCGCUGGCCAGCAUCAUGAACGACCUGUUCGGAGGAGUCAUGUACGCUGGCAUCGACACGGACAAGCACAAGUACCCCAUAGGCUCUGGACGCGUCACUUUUAACAAUCAGCGCAGUUACCUGAAGGCUGUGUGCGCAGCAUUUGUAGAAAUCAAAACCCCCAAGUUUACAAAGAAGGUCCAGAUUGACCCGUACCUGGAGGACUCAAUGUGUCAAGUUUGCCUUCGCCAACCCGGGCCUUUCUUCUGCAGAGACCAGGCCUGCUUCAAGUACUACUGCCGCUCUUGCUGGCACUGGCAGCACUCCAUGGACAUCCUGAGCAACCACCGGCCCCUGAUGCGCAACCAGAAGAACCGGGACUCCAGCUAGAGCAGAGGAGCACACUCUGAAGGGGCCCCUCUGGAGGGGGGCGGCUGCCCGCCAAGGAGAGCACGUGUGCCAGGUGUCCCUCUGCACGAGGGCAUCGCGGCACUCCACCAGGCACUGGGGAUAUCACUGUAGAAAAUGUUCACUUUUGCACUUGCUACUUUUUUGCUGUUCAGUGGCACUAUGCACAGUGUUGGGAUGACAAGGGGCCCUUCACACAUUUUCUCAGACCGGUGGCCAGACAGAAAGUUGGGAGUCAGCCUAUGGUUAAGAAGUGGAUGAAAAUGCCCUUUUUUUUGGUUUUUUGUUUACUUGUGUUGCAUAGUGAAGAGCAUCACGCAAGUCUCAUGCCGUUCAUUGGCAAAUGCCAUACAGUGCCUUUAAAUUUUUAUUUUUCUUCCAUGCUCGCUCCCACUCUCUCCUACCCCCAGUUGGCAUCUGUUUUUCCUGUGCAAGCCAACUGGUGUUUCUUACUUUUGGGAGUUAAACGUUGGACUUCAUUUAACCAGUCGCAUUUCAGACAUUUUUACGCAGUUUUUUACUAAUUUGUACACACGGUUUUAAGUCAUGACAUGAACAUUUUGAAUAGAAUUCUACCAGGCGGCCGUUUUGGGAAAAUCCCCCUUUUUUGUUUUUCUCCUUUUUUUUUCUCAUCAAUUUUUCUUUUUAAUUUGCCCUCCUAAACUUCAACUGAAUGGGCACAAAAUGUUGGAAGUAGAACUUUAACUUGCUUUGUUGGUCCCGUUAUAUUUAAUGUAUUUACCGAUAGUACCUGAUAUGCUUCAACUGGGCAAUCUAUCAUUUCUCAAGCACCUGAUGGAUCCUGUUGAGAGCAGAGUGAAUGAACAUUUGACUGUAUGUAGUUUAAUUUUUGCACUUUUUAAUUUGCACGUGUGGAGAGGUGGCAGUGGUUUUUAAUCACUUUUGUACAUCAGCAGGGGGACUCGCCUAUUUUAAAACAGCUGCUUGUUUCCUGUUGAAUGUAAGAACUUCCACUUAGCUGAUUGAUAAUACAUUAAAUCUAUCCAGAGCUUGAGUAGACCAAGUAAAUGAUUCCACGCUUUCUUAUCCCAUUUUGCCUUCCUGUUCCAGUUGGACAUAAAUGCAUAAUAAGCUGUGUGCCAAAGACAAAGUGUCUUUUCUUUAUCCAUUAAGUUUGUCAUGCUGAGCUUGUUGUCCCUUAGCCCAGCUGCUUUUUAGAUUUUUGAAAGUCUACCUCAUUGUGGUCUGCCAAGUUUGCUGCUACUAAGUUGUGGAGUAUGUUCAGAUUGGGCACAAUAAAGGUGUUUAAGCAUUA